GCUAUGCCGGUAAUCAACGAGGUGUAUCAUUCAGAUUCCAAUAACAAAGUGGUUCUGGUCUCCAAAGUGUCCCCCUCGAAUUGGUUCAGCUGCAAGUGGGAGAUCACGCCAAAGAAGAACGGAACCAAUCUAGAAUUUUGUCGCGACCCCGUAGCUAGAUCGGACAACGGGACCAUUACGCCUAUUAGAGUACGGAAAAAGUCGGAGGAAACAGGUCGGUGUUACUUUUCAAUCUAUGCCCCUCGUGAAAAACAGAUUCAAAUAUCUUGCUCUGCCAUCGACAUCGUUAGUUCCUUCUAUUUUUCUGGAACAAUUGAUGAAAUUGGUUACCCGCAAAUGCCCGUAUUAAACCGAGUGUACUAUUCAACUUCUUACAAUUACAUCCAGCUGUCGGCUCCUAUCGCCUAUUCUAUGAAUUGGUUUAAUUGCAGUUGGUCGAUUGUACCGAAGCCAAUAGUAACGACGAAUUUCCAACUUUGUCGCGACGCUGAUUCAUCUUCAGCUAAUGGAACCAUCCAACCCUUUGUAGGGAACUCCUUAGGUGAUUCGAUUUCGAAGGAGAUGAGGAGUUGUUCCUUCAAAAUCAAAACGCUUCCCCAUCAACAGAUUGUCUUUUCUUGUUCUCACAUCAACCUUAGCGAAGGCUAUUUGACUAUGAUUGGAAUCCAAACUGCAGGCGAUGACUAUUAUUCUGCAUUGACUCCCGUAAUAAACCACAAAUACGUUUCAAGGGACGAUUACUUGGACCUGCAAAUUGGUGUCGGCUUCAAGGAUUGGUUCAGUUGCAAAUGGACGACCGUUCCCAAGAAGAACGGCAAUGCAAAAUUGCUGGCUCUGCUCCCGCCGUAAUUCCCAUUCUUCUUCGCGAAUUAUUGACCCAGAUCUUAAAGAUUUGAUGUCAUAAACUGGUUCGAUUGGAGUUGAAUAUCUCGCAACUAUAUAGCCGCAACUAUAAUAGCCUCUUUUCAUUUGGUUUAAUUUGGUCUUUUCAAUUUAUAUUUUAAUUGACUCUUUCCACUUGGAAAUAUACCGUAAGUUUUGAUUCACUU